AUGGCCAACCUUCGAAAAACCCACCCCCUGUUAAAAAUUGCAAACGAUGCUCUGGUCGACCUUCCAGCCCCUUCAAACAUUUCAGUUUGAUGAAACUUUGGUUCUCUUCUCGGACUUUGUUUAGCCGCCCAAAUCAUCACGGGCCUUUUUCUUGCCAUACAUUAUACAUCCGACAUCGCCACAGCAUUCUCGUCAGUUGCACACAUCUGCCGGGAUGUUAACUACGGCUGACUAAUCCGGAAUAUACAUGCAAACGGCGCUUCUUUUUUCUUCAUCUGCAUUUACCUUCACAUUGGACGAGGCUUGUACUACGGAUCCUACUUGUACAAGGAAACAUGAAAUGUCGGUGUAAUUCUUCUUCUACUAGUAAUAAUAACAGCUUUCGUAGGUUACGUUUUACCCUGAGGGCAAAUAUCAUUUUGAGGGGCCACUGUAAUCACCAACCUCUUGUCUGCCGUCCCCUACGUUGGCAACGCCCUCGUCCAAUGAAUUUGAGGGGGAUUUUCAGUUGAUAACGCCACACUUACCCGAUUCUUUGCCUUCCAUUUUCUCCUCCCCUUCGUAAUUGCCGCCGCAACAGUUGUUCAUCUAAUUUUUCUUCACGAAACGGGUUCAAACAACCCAACCGGCCUCAAUUCAGACUCCGACAAAGUAUCCUUCCACCCUUACUUUUCCUAUAAAGACCUUUUAGGGUUUGCUGCCUUGCUAGUAGCCUUAAUUUCCCUAGCGCUUUUCUCCCCCAACCUGCUUGGGGACCCAGACAACUUCACCCCUGCCAACCCGCUAGUUACUCCCCCUCACAUCAAGCCUGAAUGAUACUUCCUAUUUGCCUACGCCAUUCUACGAUCAAUUCCAAAUAAACUUGGAGGGGUCCUAGCCCUAUUAGCCUCUAUUCUAGUACUAUUCCUGGUCCCUAUCCUACACACCUCUAAACAACGAAGCCUUACAUUUCGACCUUUCACCCAAUUCCUUUUCUGACUCCUAGUAGCAGACGUAAUGGUUUUAACCUGAAUUGGUGGGAUGCCCGUAGAACACCCAUUUAUUAUCAUUGGUCAAAUCGCAUCUUUUCUUUAUUUUUCCCUCUUUCUUAUUAUAGCACCAGCGGCGGGAUGACUAGAAAAUAAAGUCUUAAAGUGACAAU